AUGAGUCAUAUGGACUACACCAAAGUUGGGAAGAGAGGUCAUCAUCAUCAUCAUCAUCUUCAUCAUGGAGCCAGCUGCACCAGAGGUUUCAGGCUAAAGUAUCCCAAAAGAUUUUCAGUUCAAAGAUUAAGAGCACGAUUUUUCUACCUAUUCAGGUUUCUGAGCAGAUGGAGAUCUUCUUACGGCCAAGCAGUACAAUAUGUGAAGAAAGGCAUGGGUAGAAAUAGUAGCAUCAAAAGAUGUGGUAGCAGCAAGAGGGGUUUAAUGGUGGAUGCGACCAGCUGCCAUUACAUGGGAAAAGGAUCAGAUGACCAGUUCAGGUUCAGAUCAUUUGGAAGAUCAAAUUCUUUCUACUCUGAAGCCAUUGCAGAUUGCUUGGAGUUCAUCAAGAGGAUGAUGAUGGAAGAGAAGGGUAUCUCUAUGAUGAUGACCCAUGAUGGCGCCACCUUUUCUCAUUUCAUGGUGACUAUGGCUACUAGUCACUUCAUGUUUGGGCUGGGCUUGGUUAUAAUGGAAUCAUUUGUUAAUGGGCCGUACUUGAGUAAUUCUAAAAUGGCUGCCCAUUUCAUGGAUUCCAUAUGGUUAGUGACUAUAGCUCUUAGUCCCAUUAUGCAUUGGGCUAGUGUAUAG